GAUAAAAGGCGGAGGCGCUCCGGGGGGCCGAGGCGCAGAGCCGACGGCGGGGAUGGCCAGCAGGAAGGCGGGCACGCGGGGCAGGGCGGCCGCCAAGCGGGCCCGGCGCGGCUCCUCCAACGUCUUCUCCAUGUUCGAGCAGUCGCAGAUCCAGGAGUUCAAGGAGGCCUUCAGCUGCAUCGACCAGAACCGCGACGGGAUCAUCACCAAGUCGGACCUCCGGGAGACCUACGCGCAGCUGGGGAAGCUGAACGUCAGCGACGGGGAGCUGGAGGAGAUGCUGAAGGAGGGCAAGGGGCCCAUCAACUUCACCGUCUUCCUGACGCUCUUCGGCGAGAAGCUCAACGGCACCGACCCCGAGGAGUCCAUCCUCAACGCUUUCAAGCUCUUUGACCCCGCUGGCACCGGCACCGUCAACAAGGACGAGUUUAAGCAGCUCCUCCUGACGCAGGCGGACAAGUUCUCCCCCGAAGAGGUGGAGCAGAUGUUCGCCGUGACGCCCACAGACGUGGCUGGGAACAUCGACUACAAGUCCCUGUGCUACAUCAUCACGCACGGCGACGAGAAGGAGGACUGAGGGGCCGGCGGUGCCCAGCCGCCCUCCACCGUGCGCACGGGCCGAAUAAAAGUCUGAUACGAAA